AAAAUUUUUGUUGAUAAAGAAAAAUUUUUCUUUCCCCAACAAUAAUAUGCAACCUUUCUGGACUCAAAAAUUAAGUAGUUAGCAGAGGAUUCAGUAGUUUUACCUUCCUGCCCCUAACUGGAAAUCGAACGUGGCCGGAAAAUGAGUUUGCAGGGUUGGGUUCGUUGAUUCGCCUCCUAAACCCAACGAUUCUUCAUUCUUCUUUUGUCUUCGAUUUGCGGCGACCUUGAUUCCAAGAUUACCAAUGUCCUACCUCCCUCUUUGCUUCCAAUUUUCCUUUUUUGAUCUCUGAAAUUGGCGUUUCCAUUGCAGUUCUUAAGCAAAGUAGUUUUUUUUCUCUCUGGGGUUAUCGGUAGAAACUGGGAGAGAAUAUGAUAACUCGCUCUAAACUUGCGGAGCAGCUCAGAGAAUAUCAGAUCCGAUCCCAACACAGCUACUCUCCCCUCACUUUCUUCUCUCCCAAGCUCUAUUUUCAUUCAAGGGUUGAUGUUGCUGUGGCAAUUGGUUUCGCUUUAUUGUUCACCAUGCUGGUGGUCUUAUCGGUGAUGACCCUCUAUUUGAGGUGUUUUCGGCUUUUUUUGGUUGUCAUAGGCUUAUGUAUAUUUCUUCCUGUGCGCCUAAGGCUGUCACGACAAACACUGGCAAGGAAGAGGGAAAGAAGACUGCCAUUGUCCAUAUGAACUCAUUCUGGUGAUAUCUCACAUUGGAUACAGCGGCAGGCAAGGGAUUAUAUUUCUUGGCUGUUAGUUAAUUUGUUCCUUGAUAUGGACAUUCUUGCUGCUGCCCACAGAACAUCUUCCUGCCUCUUUGAGCUGGAAAUGGUAUUCUUGAGCUCAACACAUAUGCAAAAACUAAGUGAAUUUUCUCUUA